AUGGCUCCUACAAUUGUUUUUGCUGUUGUUUUCCUAGGAUGUGUUCUGUUCCAUAGUGCUCCAUUGGAUGCAGGGACAAUUUUCACAGUUCUUGCAACAUUGAGGAUCAUGUCGGAACCAGUUAGGAUGAUCCCUGAGGCUCUCUUUGUUCUACCUGAUGCAUCACUCUUCUUUCAUUCUAAUGUGACCAUGGAAUGGUUGACUCUAAGGAUUGAAACACUUCAAAACUUGACAGUCUUCACUGCAGCCUUGUUACUUAUUCUAGUUCCUAUGGAUUAUGUGUCCCCAGGGCUUGUGGGACUUUCACUUUCUUAUGCAUUCACAUUGACACAAGCACAAAUAUUUUGGACAAGAUGGUUUUGCAACUUAUCAAACUAUGUUAUCUCUAUUGAAAGAAUCAAACAAUUCGUUCACAUACCAGCUGAGCCUCCUACUAUUGUGGAGGAUAACAAGCCUCCAACUUCAUGGCCAUGGAAGGGUAGAAUUGAUCUUCAAUCCUUAGAGAUUAGAUAUCGUCCGAAUGCACCAAUAGUCCUGAAAGGAAUCACUUGCACAUUCAAAGAAGGGAGUAGAGUGGGAGUUGUAGGAAGAACAGGAAGUGGAAAAACAACACUUAUAAGUGCUCUGUUUCGAUUGGUUGAGCCUUCAAGAGGUAACAUUAUUAUUGAUGAGAUUGACAUAUGCUCAUUGGGGUUGAAGGAUUUGAGAACGAAGCUUAGUAUUAUCCCUCAAGAAGCAACUCUUUUCAAGGGUAGCAUUACAACAAACUUGGACCCUUUAGGCCUUUACUCAGAUGAUGAAAUAUGGAAGGUGAACAACUAA